AUGAAAACCCUUGUGGUCUUUCUGGUGGUACUGGCUGUUUUUGCGAAACAAUCUUACGGAUAUGAGGUGCAUAAUCUCUUCACCCAAAACAACAAUGGUGGCAAUGUUCAGGAGACAGUGACAAUCGACAAUGAACAAAAUAUUGCCACCAUUAACAUCCAUGCAGGAUCAUGCUCUUCUACCACGAUUUUUGAUUAUAAACAUGGAUACAUUGCAUCUCGGGUCCUCUCCCGAAGAGCCUGCUACAUCCUCAAGAUGAACCAUCAGGCCAUCCCGGCUCUGGACAAACUCCAGAGGUAUAUCUACGAGAGGAAGACAUUAAAUGCUAUGGCCACCAGUGAAUACACCUGGGUCAAGUACAACCCUCUGGAGUCUCUGCUCACGAAGGUGGACUGGUUCCUGUUUGGGUCUCCCAUUGAGAAGCUCUGCAAGCACAUCCCCCUGUAUGAAGCGGAGGUUGUUGAAAAGCCAAAGCAUGUGGCUACUGGUGCCUGUGCAAAGGUUGGGCUUCUUGGGAUCCUGGGAAUCUCCAUCUGUGGAGGUGUUCACAAUUAG